UCAAAUCCAUCAAAGGGAAGGAUUCCAUUAUUAAAUAAAUAAAUAAAACAGAAGGAUAGAACGAGGCCGUAAAGGCCCACAAGGAUUAAGGCCUAGAGGUAAACGAGGCCCAUAAGGGUUAAAGCCCACAUAGUAUCUCUCCCUAUCGACUCUCGACUGGACUGUGAUCCAGAAUAAGCUUAACUCCACAAUCCGCAUCCCAUUCCAGGCACCGGCGGGCGGCGGCCAUUGGCGUGGCUGAGGUGACUCCGUAAUCCGUAUUCACCGGUAGAAGAAGCCUCUACGCCUCCAGUUCUCAAUCUAAAUUUCCAGGAAUUCAUCUCAGGAAACAUACCAUCUCCGAGUUUCUCUGGAGCUGUUUUGAUCCUAGUACCGUAAUCCGAUUCCGAUCGAUGAUGGAGCGAUGGAGAGGUGUUGUCAAGGUUCCAUUGAAGAAUCCAGGAGGAAUUCCGGCUCUCUACAGAGUCGCCGUCUCUCUCUACCUCUCAACUCCUUCCCAAACGCUAGCAGUACCUUCAGCGAACGCCAUACUUUUCGUGGGAGACCGUGUAUCCGUAACUCGGAGCACCGUAAUCCAGAGGCUCUCCGAUUCGCAGAAACUAGCCGAUCUCUUGGUCUCGAAGUUUGGGGAUUCAAUCAACGCCUGGGUCAUCGAGGCUGCUGUCUACAACGGCCCGUUCGCCGUCUACCAUGACUGCAUCCCCACUGUCCAUCAAUGGGGAGAGCCCAAAUCUUACAACCCUACAGGGUUCCCAGCUUCCAAUUCCACCGCCUCUCUGUUAUCCAACUGCUUGCACGAGAUCAAGCUCCGGCUACCAGCUUCAUCAUCAUCCAAUGGCGGCGUUCCCGAUCCGUUGCCGACGUACAUCCUCGGGUUCAGCAAGGGAGGCACCGUAGUUAACCAGCUAGUAACCGAGCUGAGCUGCCUCGAACCGAGAUCCGGCGGGCGAGAACAACGACGGGUUCGGAUCAUACCCGAAAGUGGAGAAGACCUGCUGAGCAGCAUCACCGAGGUCCAUUACGUGGAUGUUGGGUUGAACUCGGCAGGUGCCUACGUCACCGACCAUGGCGUGAUUGAGAGGAUAGGCAAGCGUUUGAAUGCUCAAGGAGAAGGGGGAGCUGGAAUCCGGUUCGUGCUCCAUGGAACUCCGAGGCAAUGGUGCGACGACAGGCGGGCGUGGAUACGGGAGGAGAAGGAUGAGCUGAUCCGUCUGCUGGAAAUGGAGGCUGGGAGGAGUGCUGCUGCAGGGACGUUACAGGUUCGCGAGAAGCUUUACUUUGCUGAUAGGGUCCCUGAUAUGGAAAUGCACUUUGAAGUGCUUGACGCCAUGGAUGUGAGUCGUGAGUAGAUUAGAGUUAUGUGAGCCUUAUUUUUGCAGCCACGGGUGAUAAGAGCGUAUCCAAGUAUGUAGUUUGUAGUUCGUGGAGGCAAGAGCAGAAAUGAACAUGGUGAACUCGACUAUGGUAGUUAAACAGGUGCCAAAUGCAUGACAAUUUCUGGUGUUCACCUUAUGGGACCUAUAUGUAUAUUGGGUGUUUUUCCCUCUGCGUGUACAUUGGAUAGAGUUUGCACUCCGAGUUGUUACGAA